GAGUUCCAGUGAAGUCAAAAUGAGUGCUCCCUCCUCCCAAAAAGUUGUGUUGAAAAGCACCACCAAGCAGUCCCUGAAUGAGCGGUGAGACGCACUACGCACCCUGACAGCACUAAGCGAGGCGAAGGGCGAAACAGUGGUACAGACGGCCCUAGUGUGCUCUACUACGGAAGGCCACUGUUGGGGACCUGCCCAGACAUGGACGCUAGACUGCUCGGGGCCGACGUGUGCGCCGCUCACUCAAAAUGCAUGCCGUAUUCAGCAUUUGCUGACAAAAAGUUUGACGAACAGAGUGCAAACGUUGUGCUCCUGGCCAACCUUUUGUGUGAGCAGCGCACACUUAGACCCAAGGAGAGAGGGUAACGGUGAUGCUUGGUAAGGCGACUGUCCUAGAAUGGGCACAGGCCGCACUCCUGAUAUGCCCCGGCACUCCUCCUCUCUGUGUGUCACACAGCCCAAAAUAUAGUGUACGAAUGGGAGAGGAGAGACCAAACCGCUCCUCUCCCACCCUCUCUCUACACACAUAACUCUCUCUCAACUAAAUUACUGUUUGUUUAGCCAUUUGUCUCCUCUUCCUCUCUUCUUUGCUAUCACUUUAAUUUUCGGUUCUCUGUGCUCUGAUGUCUUUCUGUAAGACUAGGUGCCCAGUCCUAGCCCGGACGUGACCCCCCCCCCCCUUCCCUUGCUAUUCUCACAUGUGUGGUGUGAGCACAAGGCACGGUCCGGGCUGUAAGUGGCUGGGUUGCCAGAUACCCCUCCAGUCCUGGGCCUCCAACCUCCGGCAGGCCUUUUUCGCAGGCGGAUGACGUCAAAACAAGGUGGCGGGAGGCCUCUUCACUACCAUGCUGAAGAACAAGGCGCCGACAGCGGUGAGUGUGCGAGCCACCAUGCAGCAGCAACACAUGGCCAGUGCCCGCAACCGCCGCCUCGCCCAGCAGAUGGAGAACAGGCCCUCUGUGCAGGCCGCUCUGCACCACAAGCAGAGCCUGAAGCAGCGCCUGGGGAAGAGCAACAUCCAGGCCAGGCUGGGCCGGCCCAUCGGGGCUUUAAUGCGGGGGGCCACUGGAGGCCGGGGAUUUUCCGUUGGAGGGAUGCGGGGGAUGACCAGAGGAGGUCUGCGAGGCCGCGGCAGAGGAGGAGCCCUGAGGGGAGCUAUGGCUCUGAGAGGGAAUCGCCUUGCCCCAGGCAUGGGCCAGAUGCGUGGCAGAGGGGGUCCAGGCCGGGUGGCCCACCGUAGGGGGAUGCGUCAGAGAGGAGGGGUUGCUGGUCGUGGAGGUGCCUUCGGCAGAGGAGCUGGAAGAGGAGUGGGAGCCAGGGGACGAGGCGGUCUGCUAGGGCGCGGUGGCUUCGCCGGCAGGGGUGUUGGCCGCGGUCGUGGGGGUGGAAGAGGAGGCCGGGGUAGAGGGGGUGGCCCAGGGAUGACCCGCGAGCAGCUGGACAACCAGCUUGACGCCUACAUGUCCAAGACCAAGGGCAACCUGGACGCUGAGCUGGACGCGUACAUGGCCCAGGCUGACCCAGAGGGCAUGGAGUGAACCAGGACCUCCACCACAAGAGAGCAGGGACUCCUUCAACAGGCCCAUACUGAGAGAGUACUGAUAACAUGAUGACACGGAGAGAAGCUUGUAUAGUGCUAUUACGCCACACAAACGUAAUGAUAAACGCACAUACGUAGACUCGGAGUGCACUGUCUCACACUACAUGUCUAAAAUUGUUGAUGUGAUCACAACCUCAGGCUUAAAUAUGAAACUUGCACACUCACUGACACACAUGCAUACAAACACACUCAUUCUAAAAUUGUGGGCCUAUGAAGAGAACUGUUUGUAAAGGACUGUUUCCCUGAAUCUGGAUUUGACCAUUCUCAGUAUCAAUGCAAAGUAGACACACCUGCAAUUUUAAACCCUUUUCCUGUAUGUGCAAGUGUGCAUGAAGUACGCAAAUAUCUUUAAAACUUGAAUGGACGACACUGACUACACUAGAGACUUGAAUAACCAAUGUUAUCAAUGCUCCUGAAAGGCCUGCAUUUUGGACCAGAAUCUCUCCCGGCAGAAUCUGUUUUGAAACUGAAUUCGACUAUUACCGAACUUUGCAUCUAUAUCCAUAUGGUUAAAAGUGCUUCGUUUUUAGGGAAUGAACCAUGCGCCAUAAUCAUGUCCAACUAGCAUCCACUUCUCAUAUUUUGUAAUCCUAUUUUUUACUACCAUGUUUUUGUUAGGAUUUGUAUUUAGUAAUGGAUUCUCCUUUUAUUGUUUUAGCAGUAGUGUACAACGACUUGACUCUCGGGUAAAAAAAUUUUUUUAAAGAAAAUGACCAGGGGAAUUCUAGAGAAAUCAUUAAAUUAAGCUUUGCUUCUGGAGAAUUGAAGUAUGUUGAUGUCUUCAGUUGAAACUCCCCUAACAGCAUUUAUAGAUGCUAGACAUACCAAAUAAGCAACUACACAAGGAGGUGCAAAAUAUUUCCAUCAAGUUGCAAAUGUGUGCGAGUGGUCUUCCCUCCUGGUGUCAAUUGUAUUUAUUUGAAAUGGUCUUUAAAAAACUGUGGUUGUUGUACACAACACUCCAAUGAAGUGAGUGAAAAUGUUUUCAGAUUGUGUCCAUCUGGAUGAAACUAUCUAAACUCCAAUUGCUAUGUAAUUCCCUCUCCUUCUACCUGGUUAAUGUCAUAGAAUAGAGAAUAAACGUUAUAUUGUCAUCUUA